AUGCUCGAACAUAGACACCAUCAUAAGGAUGAACGACCUCAGGACGACUAUAGAGAGCCAGAGGAAGAGAAUGGAGAGGACGAUGAUGUAGACAAAGCUCUGCUUUCGCCCAGAGAACGGCCUCCAGGGCAGGAACGUUCACGUUCACCUUCCCCUACCCGACAGACGAAUACAUGGGGCCAAGUGUCGCGGCUAGUCGUCGAGACUGGCCCAACUCUGCUCCUCACGACUGUAGGACUGCUCUUUACAGGAGAGCUCCUCAACAGUGUUUCACACUGGAAGGCCAUGUCAGAGGUCAAUGAGCUCAUCAUGAUUAUUCCAGUAGUCUUGAAUUUGAAGGGCAAUCUCGAAAUGAAUCUCUCAGCCCGUCUAGGGACUGCAGCGAACGUGGGCGAGCUUGACAAACCUGCCGUACGACGAAAACUUAUAUUGGGCAACUUGUCAUUGCUACAAGUGCAAGCUACCGUGGUGUCUUUCGUCGCUGCAGUUGUGGCGUUUGCUCUCGGAAGAAUCAUGCCGCCGCAGCCUACAGAGACCAUCGCGCUGCCUGGAAGCGAUCCGAGACCAGUCUCGAAUGCUACAUUAAUUAUCCGCAGUCUCGGUGCAAGGAAGCCAAGGCCUCCAGCAAUUCCAGCCAAAGGGCCUGGCGGAUUCCACGAAUUUACGCUGACGGCAUCAUCGACUAUGCUUGCAGCCUGCCUAUCCAGUGCACUUCUCGGCUCUUUCAUGUGCGCUCUUGUUGUGCUUUGUCGCAAGUUUGGGCUGGAUCCCGAUAAUAUUGCUCCUCCUGUCGCCGCUUGUCUUGGUGACCUCGUCACUCUUUCGCUCCUUGGCGUGGUCUCAGCACUCAACAUCCACUUCGUCAAUACACCUGUACCGCUCAUCAUCAUCAUCCUUCUCGCUGUGGGCGCCGUUGGCUGGGCGAUAGUCACCCGCCGCAAUCAAUACGUUGGCAGCCUGCUGUUUCAGGGCUGGCUGCCACUGUUCGCCGCAAUGAUCAUCAGCUGCGGCACAGGCAUAGUUCUUGACAUGUUCGUCAGCCGGUAUGAGGGCUUCGCGAUUCUUGCUAUGGUCAUCAGUGGUCUUCCCGGCAACGUAGGCUCGAUUCUCGUCUCGCGCCUAUCGACUGCUCUUCAUGCGAACGAGUAUGAGAUGGACCACCUACCCCAUGCAUCGACGGAGGACUUAGUCAAGACAUCAUCAGCACCCCCUCCAAACGCGCGCCUCGUCAUGAUCACACUCAUUGGUGUUACUUUUCCCAUUGAAAUUGCAUUCCUUGCCACUUUGCGUGCCGUAGGCUGGCUGCAUGUGCCCGUUAUCUUCCUGAUCUUCUCGGUCAUAUUCUUCUGCAUCGCUGUCGUUGCUUCCCUUUUCCUCGCUCGGGCUCUUACCAAUCUGCUGUGGAAACGCAAGCUCGACCCCGACAUGUACGCCCUCCCGAUCCACUCGGCCCUCGUCGACCUCAUCGGCCAAUUACUACUCGUCGUUUGCUUUGAGCUGGUGUCGCGCAUCGGCGUGCCCGUCAAGGCGGGGAUCGAUAACUUUAUGUGA